GAAGAGCAAAUUGCUUGGAUUUCCUAUCUUAGUUCUUUUUUCCUUAAGCCAUCACAGGACCCCAAGAACACAUUUUCACAUUGAAGAGGUGCAACUGGAUUGUAGUGCAAUGCCUUCUUGUACAGUGUGAUGCUGAAGGCUCCAUGGUGGCGAAGACUACUUUUGCAGUGCACGGUCACCACUAUCAGGAAUGCCUGUAUUUGUUUCCUGAGGAACUGAAAAAUGCAAAGAAUGAAGCAACUCCUCCUAUAUCUCUGCCUGAUAGGCACAUCUUGGGCUGUGCGGUUGCGCAAACCCCGCAAGGCAGGAUUUGGAAGUAAGAGUGAAGAAAUGAUGCAGUAUGGUCCAUUUGGCUAUCUAAACUCACCUCAAUUGACUCAGUUGGCAGCUUCCUUGUAUGGCUAUCGCUCAGGUUUCCCGCAGAUGGUCCCUCAGCAGCCUACAUUUCCCCUUCAGAGGUUUUAUCUCUGGCCACAACAGAUGCCAGUUCACCAGUCUGCUCGGCCGCCCCAACAGAAGGCUCACCAAACUCCAGUGCCGAAGAAACCUAACAGCAGGCCACAACUAAAGCCACGGUUGGUACCACAACAACCAAGAUAUCAACAGCCGCAACCCAAAAUACAUCUACCAGCUAAACAGCCUCCAGUUGCUACUCAUCCUUUCCAGCCUCAGCCACAAACACCCAUUCAGCCACCCAAGGGGGAGAAGCCGCAACAGCCACAGGCAUUCCCUCCACAUCCUCAACAGCCCUGGCAAUUUCCACAGAUUUUUGGUCAUGGAGGCUUCCAGCCACAACUGUUCAACCCAUAUCAAGGACGUAUGCCAUUUGGACGGCCACCUAACAGCGAAGAAGGGAAUCCCUAUUUUGGACCUGGCUACCAAGGGAUGGGCGGUCGGCCUCCAUAUUAUUCUGAAGAGAUGUUUGAACAAGAAGACAAAGAAGCACCCAAAGAGAGCCCAGCAACUGACCCAGUGACCAAUUCAACUGACACAAACUCAACCGUAUCUAAUCCAGCCAGCCAAGGAGGGAAUGGUACCAUGUCUGGACUUAGUGAAAAAGCUACUGGAGCCAAUUCUCCAGGCCUUCAAAACAAUAUGUUUAGUGGGAAUGCAGUCUCAACACCUUUGCCUACUACUCAGACGUCAGAAGGAAAUGGAGUGGCACAGAAUGUCCUUGAACAAAUAAGGCAUAGGUCUAAGCUUCCAAAUGGUGAUGUCAUUCAGAGUUUUCCUUCAGGUAGACAGCACUCCACUAUGCAAGUUUAUAAUAUCCAUAAACCACAUGAACAUAUGGAAAAUAUAAAGCAGAAUUUGAUUUCUAGAGGGAACCCCUCAAUACAAUCCGAAGACCCAACAUAUCCCAUGGGUAAUGGUUGGAAUUCUAAUCACAGAGGUAAUAUCCAAAACACAAAUGUCAACAAUCCCUCAACAAACACAAGACAUAUUCCAUAUGGGCAACAAGAACAACCUCAUUACCCUGAGAGGAAUGAAUUCAGUCAAAUAGACAGAGUGCCUUUCCCUAGCUCAGAUCCUGUGGGCCAGUGGAAUAAAGAUCCGAUCUACAGAGACAAUGAUCCAAAAAAUUCUCCACCUGAAGGCCAUCCUCUGGACCCACAGUUUAAGACAAUGAGAAUUGAUAACAUCUAUAAUGCAAGACAGGAUGCUGAAAGAUUCCAGCCUUCUGGAAUGCACCAAUCAAAUGCAUUGUCUCAUCAGGGAGUAAAUUUAGCCACAAGAAGAACUCCAUUUGAAAUAGAAACCCAUCAGUAUGAUUGGAGAGAGCAACCCUUUAAUCAUAUUGAUCAGAAAAGAGGACAAUUUCUAUCUGCACAGACCCCUACAUGGAAUAAUCGGGAGGCUUCACAGUUGUUCCAAGAAGCUCCUCCAAGACAGAGCUCAAUGUAUUCAUCUGGUUCUUUCAAUCAGAGGGAAAUGCCCACAUAUUCAGGGAAAAAAUCCUAUAAUCAAUAUACCCAUCCCUUCCCUCCUAGAGCAUGGGAGGACAGAGAACACUCUCCCACAAUUAGUCCAUCAGACCAAAGGGAAAGUCCACCAUAUCCUCCAGUUUCACCUUCAGAUCAGAUACAAAGGAACACCUACUACAGAAGAAUACAGCCAGAGUAUGAACCAUAUCCCAGGCAAGAUCCAUGGACCCGUGAACAACACUUGCAUGAUCCUGACAACCAGUACAGUAAUUCUCCAUACAAUCCAACUCAUCACCAGACAUAUCAAAAAUAUACUACAGAAAAUCCACCUAGUGAAAUAAGUAAUUUACCAUAUCGGAAAAUUAACCAGUGGACCCAAGAAGAACAUUCUCCAGUUCACACUGCAGGACACUUGAGGCAAAUGGAAAACGUGCCAUAUCGUACCAACAGUAAAUUUGAACAAGGAGAAAGGAAAUUCCAGAACGUAGAGUCAGGCUCUCCACAACAAAGGAACACUUUCCAAGAAGAAGCACAAUAUGCUGAAAGAAACACAUGGGUCCCCCAAAGAGUGGAUCCAUCUGCUCAGAAAGAAACUGCACCCUACUAUAAUAUCUAUUCCACAGACUUCAGAGGAAAUCCAACACAUGUUGAAGACAGAGAGAGAAUCAUACAUAUGAAUGCACCCAUUUCCACUGAGAAUGCUCCUAGAAGAAGGCAUUAUCUGGACAGAAUGGGAUAUUCAGAUGACUACCCAAAAGAACGCAGAAUGAUAACCUCACAAUCGACAGCAAACCAGUUGUGCUGUGCAGAUGACUCUCCAAUGCCAAGGGAAAACAGACUGGCACCACUAAGAAGUGCUCCUCAAUUCAGGCAUGCUCUAUGGGAAGCAAAAGAAAGCUCAACCUAUCCAGAUGGCAGCCAUGCAAACUAUGUGCGACAUGCCCAUUCCCCAGCUGGUAUUCAAGCUAAUAAUCCUCUGAAGAAUGGGGGGAGAGAACAAGAAGAACUUGGUGCAUUCAGAGUGGAAAAUGCAGGCUCAGAAAAGAGUCUGCCAUGCUCUAACUCACACUUAAGUCAAGAUAGCAAACAAGAAGCCAACCUCCAAAGAGGUUUAUUCAAAUUUAGGAACAUGCCCUGCCAUGGAAGCAACAUUCGAGGGGACAGACACAAUCCCCUUGCACAUCUUGUAGGGACAGGUCAGUCCUUUGGAAGAGGAACUUUAAACUUUCUUCCUGAACAAUUCCCACAGCCACAUGGGAUCCAAAGUGAAGCUCUUGUUAGUGAAGAUGAUGGGAAAGAAUAUGCAGCACUCGGGGCCAAGAGGAUCCCGUGUUUUGGAAGCUGGUUAAAGCAGUAUUUAUCUAACACCGAAGUUCCAUCUGAUGAUCAACAGCGUGAUCCAUUUUACGGAGAGAAUCCAGUCCCAACUGAAAGGCCAAAUAGCAUACCACCCAAACCAGAGCCAAUCUCCAGCAGCUUUCUAUCUAAUGGAGUAGAAGAAAAACCACUGAAAAUCAAUGCUCCAGAAGAGGAAUGGGCUGAACUAGCCACUCAAAGUACUCCAGACUGCUUACUUCUCCAAAAGAAAUAAGACUCUGAAACAUGCUUCAGGUAUUAGUAUUAAUGAAAAAUGGUGAUGGCAUCUUCCUUCAUUGUAUGGAUGCAGAAACGUAUUUAGAUAGUUCAUAUUUAUACAGCUCUUAAGUCAGCUAGUCUUCAGCUCACUUUUUUAUUUUUUACAAUCUGGAACAGUGAUCCCCAAACUCUAAUUCUCCAGGUGUUUUAGACGUCAACUUCCAGAGUUGCCUUAACAAAUGAUUAGCAAUUCUGGGAGCUGAAGAACUAAACCCUGGAAGACCAGAAUUUUGGAAAUACUGAUCUAGAACUUAAUGUGUAUUAGAAAACCCUGGUUUCCAAUCCCUGUUCUCUUUUCCUCUGCUAUUUCUCUCCCCCACGUCCAUUCUUUUUCUGUCUCAUUAUGCUUUCUGUAUCUACAGCCCAGUGCUUAUGCAAUCUUUCACCUACUUGCCUAACUUACAAGGCAGCAGAUGUCUCUGUUUCUCAACAAACCAUUCCAAGGCUAUGAAGGUUCUGCAGAAGAAAGCAUCACAUGGAGCUAUGUAGAAGUCCUAUGAAGAAAUGAACAUACCAUGCUAGCCAAAUCAAGGUGUAUAAAACCCAAAGCAAGUGCUUUGAAUCGAUUUUCCUGCUUCUCGGCAGGGGGUUGGACUGGAUGGCCCACAUGGUCUCUUCCAGCUCUAUGAUUCUAUAAGUCAUUUUUGAACUACUGAGAGAAAAAUCCCACAGGCCAACUAUGCCGUAAGCAUGCAGAGAAAUAUUUUUUUUUCUGUUUCUUUGCAACAUAUCCAGUUAGCUGCUUCAGGCAGUUCUUUCACUUUGUUCAAUGGUGAUUUCAGAUUCCAUCCACCUCCCCUGCUACUGCUGUGCAUGCUUUAUUUAAUUGAAUCACUGCUUUCCCCCAGAAAAUCUCCAGCAAUGCACAAAAUAAUAUUACGUAAUUUAAAAAUGCACAUUUCAAUUCAAUUUUCAGUCACACCAGUUAAAGGAUAAUGGUAUAUGCAGCAUGAAAAUAUAGAUUCUAUUAGAAAGCCUGUUUGCUAAUAAUGCGUUAAAGAACCAAUAAAUUAUUUUGUGCAUAGAUCCUUUCUGACCACACCGUGUACACAACAGGAACACUUUAAAAAACAACUCCAAAUCAAUGUUGAGCAAAAAUUUGCAUAACAUUUCCUUGCUGGCGUGCAAAUUAUUGGUUGGACCCAAAUGUACUUUUUCUCAUCUUCUGAUGCUCUUUGACAUUAAAAUGCAUUUCUGAUGGA